UUCAUGAACUUGUAUUAUCAAUCAUUCAACAAUUUAUGAUCAAUUAGCUUGUAUCUUCCAUUACAAAAAGCUUUUAUGAUCAAUGAUUCAGCAGUUUAUGUUAAUCUUGUGCAAUGGAGUUAGACUUCAAUCUCAAGGCACUGGGGAUUACAAUUAUAUCAGCGUUCAUGUUUCUCUGGUUGUUACCUCUGGGAAGAGUUCUGAAGAAAAAGUGUAGAAAAUAUCCACCAGGUGUUCGAGGAUUACCGGUGAUUGGUAACUUAUUGCAGUUAAAGGAGAAAAGGCCCUACUCCAUAUUCACCCAGUGGGCAAAAAAGUAUGGUCCAAUCUACUCAGUCCACCUAGGGGCCCAAAAAGUCGUUGUACUUAGCUCCGCUCACCUUGCAAAACAAGCUUUAGUGACCAAAUACAUGUCCAUUUCCAGCAGGAAGCUGCCAAGAGCUUUACAGAUCUUAACAAGGGAUAAGACUAUGGUAGCCAUGAGUGACUAUGGUGAUGAACACCGUUUACUUAAACAAGUGAUGGUAGCCGAUCUUCUGUCUUCUGCAUGUCAGAUGCACAACCGAUUUCGUAGAGAGGAGAUGAUAGAAAGUCUGAUUCAAUCAAUACAUAGAGAACUCAAGGGACAGGCAAGACUUGUAGAUUUGAGCAAGCACUUUAAACGGGAGUUAUUUUCAUUUGUCUUGAAAGAGGUAUUCGGUAGGGAAGUGGAAUCUAUAUAUGUGGAAGAGCUGGGAAUUUCACUCUCUCAAUGCGAGCUAUUUGAUAUUUUUGUUAGAGAUUUCAUAAUGGGGGCCGUUGAGGUGGACUGGAGAGAUCUUUUCCCUUAUCUUAAAUGGAUGCCCAAUAACAAAUUUGAGCGCAGGCUUAUGGAGAUUGAAGCGACAAGAACCGCGGUCAUAAAGGCAAUGAUUAGAGAGCAGAAACAGCUUAAUAAUGAUAUCCCUGGAGAGAAGGCACAUUGCUACCUGAACAUACUACUGCGUGAAGAGCGAAAUUUGAGCGAGAAUCAGGUGGAAAUGCUAACAUGGGAAGCGAUAAUUGAGAGUGUGGAUACAGUCUCGGUUACAUGGGAAUGGCUUGUUUAUGAAUUGGCAAAGAAUCCCAAAUGGCAGGAAUGUUUGUACAAUGAGAUAAUAAUGAUAUGCGAAGAGAAUGAAAAGGACAUAGGCGAAGAAAUCGUGGGUGAACUGGUGUAUUUGAAGGCAGUAUUCGAGGAGACAUUGAGAAAGCAUCCGCCUGUGCCACUCCUCCCCUUACGCUAUGUUCACCACCAUGUCAACAUUGAAGGUUAUGACAUCCCUCCUGGAUGGCAGAUAGCAAUUAAUGCGUAUGGAUGCAAUCACAAUGAAGAGGACUGGAAAGACAGUGAAAGAUGGGAUCCAGAGAGAAUGUUAACAUCCAAGAAGAUUGAGGGUUCAGAGAAGACAUUCAUAAUGACGUUUGGGGAUGGAAGACGAGCAUGUGCAGGGAAGAUGAAAGCCACCCUCAUCCUGUGCACGUCACUGGCUCGUUUCCUUCAACACUUUCGAUGGGAGCUCAAUUGUGAAGACCAAGAAUACCUAGAGGAGAUCGUUGACAGGGAUUCCCUCACUAUGCGCAAGCAGCGUUCCUUCCUAGCAAUUGUGACUCCAAGAAACGUUUGCUCUUAGUACCUGAUUCAAACCUUGGCUUGCUAGCUCUACUAAAAAAAUGGUGUGAUAUAUACUACACGUCUUUCAUGAUGGACUCCUGCUUAUUUGUUAUCUCUACUUAAGUUGUGUUUUCAUAUAAAUGGUUAGGCAUAG